CACCUCAACUUUUGUCCUUUCUCUUUUCUACUCUUCAUUCUCUACUUCCACCACACAGCGGCCGACUACGGAGGCUGGCAAAGCGGUCACGCAACUUUCUACGGCGGCAGUGAUGCAUCCGGUACACUGGGAGGAGCAUGCGGAUAUGGGAAUUUAUACAGUCAAGGAAAUGGAACAAGCACGGCAGCACUAAGCACAGCGCUGUUCAAUAAUGGAUUCAGUUGUGGAGCUUGUUCUGAGCUGAGGUGUGAUAAUGAUCCAAAAUUGUGCCUCCCUGGUUCGAUAAUUGUGACUGCUACGAACUUUUGCCCACCAAACUUUGCCUUGCCGAAUGACGACGGUGGCUGGUGCAAUCCUCCUCUGCAACACUUCGACAUGGCUGAGCCUGCUUUCUUGAAAAUUGCACAAUAUCGCGCUGGAAUUGUGCCUGUCUCAUUUAGAAGCUAUGCACAAGAACAAACAUAAUUUUGAUCAUGUAGCUCCAUUUUCCCAAAA